AUGACGACUAACUUGGCUGAAACAAUGAACUCCGUGCUAAAGGCAACCCAAAACCUUCCAAUAACUUCUCUGGUUCAGUCUACAUAUUUUUGGCUGGGAGCAUCGUUUGGUAAACGCGAUCAUGAAUGGACAAAGAUCUUGGCAUCUGGUCAAACUUUUACAGAUAACUGCAUCAAUGGAAUGGCUGGAGAAUUGUACAAGUAUGCUUCUUUAUAUACUCCUGCCUCAAAACAUCUUUCCAUCUCUAAACUCUCCCUCAAAAAAUCCUCAAUAUUCCUCCUGCCUUUCCUCCGUCGGCGGCGUCAUGACCCACCACCAGCACCACCAGUCCAUUCACUUCAUCAGUGCUCUAAGGGAUGUUCAAUGCAAUUCACCCCGAAAUCUUCAACAACUUGUCAACACAAAUCAAUGUUUCCAAAGGGAAGCUCGAUGAAACUACUAUGAUUUUCUUGAUUAAUAAGGUAAUUUUACAAGUCUCGAUCUUACUUAGUAACUUUGUUUUCUUUGUAUGCAAUAUCUUAGAAGCACUCGUUUAAAAUGCAAGCACUUUAAAAAUGAUAGUUUGUUGGAUUCUGAUUUUAUGUACUAAAUCUUUGAAUUAGUCACUUAUGAAAAUUUGGUUUUAAAUUGGUUCUUUUUAAAUAGGUUAUCUAAGGAAUCCAUAUUUAAAAUAUGUUAUUUUCAAUUUAAAAACAGCUUAUUUCCCAAAGUACAAUUUAAAGAUCACUUUAUCAAAGGAAAGGAAAGGGGUGAUAGAGUUCAAUUUUAUAAUAUUUGUUAUCUAACAAAGCCUUUUAACACGUGUUCCAAUUUUGUUUUAAGUAGUGUUCUAUUUAACAGAGUCCAAUUUUGUUUUAAGUAGUGUUUUAAGUAGCUUUUUAAGAGUCUAGCUUUCUUGAAUAAAUUAAAACUUAAAAGGUGAGAUUACAAAGUCUCUACUUAAAGAAUAACUUUGUUUUCUUUACAUGAAAUAUUCCUACAUAGAAGCACCGUUUUAAAAUGCAAACGCUUUGAAUAUAGUUAAUGCAUUAUGUGGGUCUCACCAUUAUUUGGUGUCUCUUUAUAUUUUUCAUUAAUUUUUUUUAUCUUGAUCUAACUGAUUUUGUGAUCCAU